AUAAAUCCGUGAUUUUAUAGAAUAUGUGGUAACCUUAGAGCAAAGUUGUUAAAAACAAAAUAUUUUUUCAUUUUAUGGAAUAUGAAAUACUGUAUCUUAUAAGCUACAAAUUAGAAAAAUUAUGCUACUUUUAACUCUUGUUUGAGAUUCGAAAUUCUUUAUAAAAUAUCGAAACUCGAGUUCUAAACAUACGUUUUUUAUUAUUUAAUAUUUAUCGCUGGCGAAACGUCGUGGCAGUGAAAUUCAACAUCGGUUACAGCAGUAAUAUAACAUUAACGGCUUCGACCAUGGAUCUUCGAAUUCCGCUGGCAUGUCGGAGCAGCGUGAUCGCUUCGUGACUAUCGGUAGUUUGGCCUCUUCCUGAUACUUGUUUUCUAACGCCUAUUAUCGAUGGGGAUUUAGGCGAUUUCCCUUGUGAGGCGACUGCUGUUUUUGGCCAGUCUUGCACCCGCUAUCGCCCGUCAAGCUCUUCGCUCCGUUUAAUAUCACUUCUCAAAGUUACGCGUCGCGCUGCGAAAAUUUCCGUUAAAGAACUCUUUAUUUUAUAAACUACAUUAAUUGAUUGAUUGUUUAAUCGCUUGUUAAUCAAUUGUCAGUGUAUCGUUUAUCUCUAAAUUUGUAUGAGCGCCAGCACACCAAGAUGUCAACUGUUAACUCGAAUUUCUGUCAUACCGACAUGUGCGCUUCCGCGACGCGUGACGCGCUUUCUUGGUAUUACUGCGCCAGGAAGGAACUACUUCCGCUUUCCUUCUUCUGCGCGCGCGUUUGCUUUUUCGGCCAUAUUGUUCACCACGCUCGUCGUUGUUACACACUCAAGUAGACACGAUCGCAUAUUUCAGUCACAACUGUAAGCCUCCGGCCUCCCGAAGAGUAAAAUAAAGUGUUUGCUAUUAUAUCAAAUCGAGAGAAGUGUAUAUUCUCGCCCGCAUUGUCAUCGAAGCAAUAAUUCCGCUGACGCAUGCGACAGGCACGAGCCUGCAAACGUACAUCCGAAACGUUACAUUGUUGGUCCUUCGAGCCGGAUACCAAUCCGGAUCUUCGCAAGGGGGCACGGAAGGUCAGGCAAUCAGCCACGUCUCCACGACAAGGCGCAGCCAGCAAACGGCGUGUAGCAGCAAGGGACAGCCCGAUCAUAACCUACAAGCGUUCAAUCGCCGCGUGGUGACUCCCGCCCGGAUCGGCGCAGCCUCGCAUCGUCGGGGACGAAUCUUGGUGCAUCCACUAAGCCCUCAGCAUCAGAUUAAAGGUCAGACAAUAACCACGCUCCCAGCGGCGAGAUACAUUCAGCGAACGGCGAGUAGCAGCAAGGGACCGCCCGAUCAUAACCUACAAGCGUUCAAUCGCCGCGUGGCGACUCUCGCCCGGAUCGUCGCAGCCUCGCACCAUCGGGGACGGAUCUCGGCUUCAAGCAGAACUUCGUCACGGAAUUGAAGAACGGCAAGGAUCUACUGAAGGACUUUUCCGCACGACCACAUCCGAGGACGACAGCACUCCGCCUGCAUCGGAAAUUUUCGGCGCCCAAUUUCGGUAAGGGUAACUGUUCACUUCGGGGUGCCAAGUCGUCUCGUAUAUCUCACGCCUUCGAACAGGGUCGUCAUUCGCAAUGUCCGCAGAGCAGGAUCCGGCCUCGCUAAAACGACAGCGUGCGGUCGUAAAAGGGUCGUGCACGCGUAUAAGCACUUACGUCCAAGGUAUUUCGGUAGCAACGCCUUCCGUCGCGGCUCAACUCGAAGAGCGCAAAAUUAAAUUAAACGAGUACUGGUCGCAGUACAAUGAAAUACAGUCUCAACUCGAGUCGAUAGACGAGAACGAAAUCAACGACCGCGGUACUUUCGAGGAGGCCUUCUUCUCACUAUCCGCUAAGAUUCGCGAACUUCUCAAUCCCGUACUUGCGUUACGCGCCCCGCCGAGCUCACCGUCUACCUCGAACGCGUCCAAUCGAUCUGAGGGUCCAUUCAACGUACGACUGCCUAAAUUAAAUCUUCCAUCUUUUUCUGGCAAGUACGAUGAAUGGUUUCCCUUUUUUGACUCAUUCAAGUCGGUCAUACAUUCAAACACGUCUAUCAGCAACAUACAAAAACUGCAAUAUUUAAAAUCCUCCUUAUCAGGUGAUGCGAGUAACGUAAUACAUUCAUUAGAAAUUUCGGAAUUGAACUAUGACGUAGCCUGGAGAUUAUUGAGGGAGCGUUAUGACAACAAACGUGUCAUAAUCCACACACACAUUGAGGCGAUCAUGGAGUUGCCGUCUAUGACAAGGGAAAAUUUAAUUGAAUUACGGCGUAUUGCAGAUGGAGUCAACAGACAUAUACGAGCUCUUAACGCGCUCAAACGCCCUACAUCUCAGUGGGACGACCUGCUUGUUUACAUUGUAAGUUCAAAACUGGACGCAACCACACUGCGAGAAUGGCAAGCCUCAUUAGACGGAAUGGAACCUCCUACCUUCAAGCAGCUCAAUGAUUUCAUCAUUCAUCAAUGCCAGAUGCUCGAGGCCACGAGUAAGGCUAGCGACGUCUCAUCCAAGGACGCUCACAAGCGGCCGCAAUCCAACGCGAAGCGCCAAACUUCAUGUGUCGCCACCGUCAAGGCAAAAUGCAAUUUUUGCAAGGGCGAACACGCCAUGUACCAUUGCAAGGAUUUUUUGGCGCUGCCGGUUUCCCGAAGGAUUUCAGAGGUUCGUAAUCGUAAAAUCUGUACCAAUUGCCUACGAUUUCCGAGUCACGCUUUAGACCAAUGCACAUCUGGAGGUUGCAGAGUGUGCAAGGCAAAGCAUAAUACGUUACUACAUGCAGGAGAGAGCACGCCAAAGACCCACGACAGCAACGGCGAUAACACUGAUGCACCCAGGACGCCAAACUCCUCAUCAAUCGUGUCAGCACACGCGUCAACCAGCCACGGUGAAGAGUACACGAUGCUAUCCACGGCGCUGGUCAAUGCCUUCGACCGCAACGGAUCUACGAAGCCAUGCCGCGUUUUAUUGGACUCUGGUUCUCAAGCUAAUUUCAUCACCAUGGAAUAUGCACGAAUCAUUGGAGUGCCUCCACGCCCGCUAAAUACAUCAAUUUCUGGUAUAAAUAAUACAAAUUCGCAGGCUACUCAAGCGGUCAAGGUAAGGAUUCAAUCCCGAGUGAAUUCUUAUUCAAUCACAAUUGACUGCGUUGUCACGGAUCAAAUAACUGGUAAACUACCGACGCUCUCUAUGCAACGAAGCUCAUACAACAUACCUCGUAACCUCAAGUUAGCCGACCCACAUUUCAACGUCUCAGCCAAGGUCGACUUGCUCAUCGGAGCCGAGUUCUUCUGGGAGUUGCUUUGCGUGGGACAAAUCAAGGCCUCCACGGAGCACCCGACGUUACAGAAAACGCACUUCGGGUGGAUUCUGGCAGGGCGCCGGGACAUCGUGUCGUCACCUCCGCGAAAUAUACAUUCAUUCGCAGCAACUAUAUCGAACGUUCAAUUACAUGAUCAAAUAAAACGCUUCUGCGAAAUAGAGGACAUCACCAACGUUACUAGCCAUAACGCAGAUGAAGCAUAUUGUGAACAGCACUAUCUAACAAAUGUAUCACAAAAUGCACAAGGAAGAUACGUGGUCAAACUCCCGAUCAAGGACGCAGCGAUGACGAAAUUAGGAGAAUCUCGACAGAUUGCUUUAAAACGCCUACAAGGCUUGGAACGGCGGCUUGCCCGCAGCCCUCAAUUAAGGGCUCAAUACUCGCAAUUCAUGGCAGAAUAUCUAACGCUCGGUCACAUGAGGCGAGUGGAUAUUACUGCAAACGAAGAUAUAAGAGCAUUCUACUUGCCUCACCAUUGUGUUUUCAAAACCUCGGAGCCUUCCUCGAAGAUCAGAGUCGUGUUUGACGCCUCCUGCAAGAGCACUACUGGAGUAUCUCUAAACGACACGUUGAGAGUUGGUCCGGUCGUACAACAGGAUUUAACGUCAAUCGUGAUGCGUUUUCGUACGUUUAAAUUUGUACUGACCGCCGACAUAAUUAAGAUGUACAGGCAGGUGUUGGUGCAUCCGUCUCAAACUCCACUUCAAAGAAUCUUGUGGCGCGACGACCCUGCCGCAGACGUAGUAACCUACGAACUAGUCACCGUCACCUAUGGUACAACGCCGGCAUCAUUUCUCGUCACAAGAUCCUUGAAACAUCUGGCAGAGCAACAUUCAGCGAUCUACCCCGUCGGAGCGUCAUGCGUCCAGCGUGAUUUUUACGUCGACGACAUGCUCACAGGAGGUAACACUCUUCAAGAAGUAGAAACAAUACGCGACGAAACGAUACAGCUCCUGAGGCUAGGAUGUUUCGAACUUAGCAAGUGGGCUUCAAAUAACAAGGAAUUACUAACUCCUGUAACUAGUCAGGUCGAGGAGUCGGUCGUUAUUAACAAGGAAGCGAACGCUUGUAUUUUGGGCGUCCAAUGGAAUCCCACCUCCGACACCUUUCACUUCUCAUAUGAGCCUGACAAGGCUUACGAUACGGUCUCCAAGCGCGUAAUGCUGUCAGAAGUGUCAAAAUUGUUUGAUCCGUUGGGUCUCCUUGGACCAACCAUCGUGAUUGCCAAAUUAAUCCUUCAAGAUCUUUGGCGUUCAAAUGUCGAUUGGGAUGAGUCUGUCCCACAGGCCGUAUACACUCGUUGGUCCACAUUCAAAAACCAGCUGAUCGAAUUAAAUCAAUUGACAAUCCCCAGACGCGUGAAAUUUAGUGCAAACAAUAGGAUGAUACAAGUGCAUGGCUUCUGUGAUGCCAGUCAAUAUGCGUACGGAGCCUGCAUUUACGUCCGAACGAAACUCAAGAACGGUGACUAUCAAUGCGAGUUACUUGGCUCAAAAUCAAGGGUCGCCCCUCUGAAGACAAUUUCACUACCCCGGCUAGAGCUAUCAGCCGCCUUGCUACUGACCCGGCUGCUUGAAAGGGUCAGAGCGUCAAUCAACUUAACAAACGUCAAAAUAUAUCUUUGGUCAGAUUCGACCAUAGCCCUCAAUUGGAUCGCAUCAGCCUCCCGCAAAUUUUCGGUGUUUGUGUCAAACCGCAUAGGAGAAAUACAACGAGCGACUGAACCCGAGGAUUGGCGGCACGUGCCGUCGGCCCAGAAUCCCGCAGAUCUAUUGUCGCGAGGUUUAAACCCACGUGAAUUAGUCAACGCUACCACGUGGUGGAAGGGGCCAGCCUUCUUGCAACAGAGCGAGUGUCAAUGGCCUGUCAACAAGCUUCCACGUCUUGGAAACGACAUCCCGGAGCUUCAGAAAAUUUAUGUCAAUGUUGCCAUCGUAGAUGUCAGCAUAAUCAACGAAAUCCUCGACAAAUACUCGAAUUUGGACAAGGUUUGCCGCAUCAUAUCAUACUGCAUUAGGUUCGCCAGACGAUCAUCAAGGGCUACGACAUUGUUCAUCACUCAUGAAGAAAUGUCUUCUGCAUUGCAUCGCUUGUGUAAGAUCGUCCAACAGCAUUCCUUUCCAGACGAUUACAAAACCUUAAGCAAUGCUGAAGCCAUCAGUACAUCCAGCAAAAUUUUAUCGCUAACACCAUUCAUGGAUCACUCCGGAUUAAUUCGAGUAGGAGGUAGGUUGAGAAACUCAAAUUUACCACAUGACACCUGCCAUCCGAUUCUAUUACCUCGUGAUCACGAAUUGACGAAGCGUAUCAUCUCAAAGGAACAUGUACGCAGCAUGCACGCCGGCACUCAAGCCACCAUGGCCGCCGUCCGACAGCGUUUUUGGCCACUUUCACUACGGUCAACAACACGAAGAAUUGUCCUAAGAUGCGUCAGAUGCUUCCGAGUCAAGCCGGUGCUCUCUGAGGCCUUAAUGGGAUCCCUUCCCUCCAGUCGCGUCACUAUUUCGAGGCCGUUUGCACGGUGUGGUGUUGAUUAUGCCGGCCCCUUAAUCUUACGAGAAGGAAAGCGUCGAAACGCGCGUAAUCAUAAGGCAUACGUUGCCGUUUUUGUAUGUUUCACGGUCAAGGCCGUGCACUUAGAACUUGUCGGUGAUCUUACGUCGGAUGCGUUCUUAGCCGCGUUCAAGCGUUUCAUAUCGCGCAGGGGGAGACCCUCUCACGUAUGGUCCGAUAACGGAACCUCAUUUGUCGGCGCUAAAAACCAAUUAAAGGAUUUUUAUGGCUUACUUAAUGACGACACUGUUCAGGAUAAAGUUAAAACAUUUUCACGCGAUCAGCAAAUCUCGUGGAGCUUUAUACCUCCCAGUUCCCCGCAUCACGGAGGAUUGUGGGAGGCCGCGGUAAAGUCCGCUAAAUAUCAUAUGCAUAGAAUCAUAGGCAAGGCUCACUUGACAUAUGAAGAGAUGCAAACCACGUUGUGUGAAGUAGAAGCAAUUCUCAACUCGCGGCCCAUCACAGCGUUGAGCGCGGACCCAAACGACUUGGCGUAUUUGACCCCCGGUCAUUUUUUGAUUGGCACUCCGAUGAAUAGUUUCCCUACUCCCGAUUUAACCGACCUAAGCGAAAACCGCCUGGUACGUUGGCAGCGCGUAGAACAGCUAAGACAGCAUUUUUGGCGUCGGUGGAGCUUAGAGUACCUCCACUCCUUACAAACGCGUUCAAAGUGGAAGGCUACGAAGGGGAAUCAAUUGCAACGCGGUCAACUCGUGCUGGUCAAGCAGCAGGAUUUACAUCCUUUGAAUUGGUUAUUGGGUCGUGUUCAUGAAAUCCAUAUCGGAUCUGAUGGAAUCGUUCGCACGGCGGAUGUUAAAACUACGAAGGGACUUCUUACUAGACCUUUGACCAAACUUGCGAUAUUACCCGUAGAAACUACUGACGAUAGUCUUUAAGGUUACCUUUUAGUCAGAGUAGUA